AUGUCUGUAAUUGAGGAAAUAACAAAUGAUAUGAGCAAUGCAGCUCAUUUUUCUCGACUGGAUUUAAGAAGCGGGCACCAUCAAAUUGUGCUUAAUGAAGAAUCGCGUGGUGUAACAGCUUUUACCACUCAUAAAGGUCUUUUCCAGUGGAAAAGACUCCCUUUCGGAAUCAACUCGGCAAGCGAAGUGUUUCAAAAUGCUAUCCAGCAUGCAUUGCAAGGAUUGAAUGGAGUUAAAAACAUUGUUGAUGACAUCAUUUUUGGGGGGCAAACUCAAAAAGAACGUGAUGACAAUCUUCAAGCUCUAUUGCAGAGACUAAGAGACACAGGAUUGACUGCAAAGAAAAGCAAGUGCCUUUUCAAUGUGGACAGUUUAUGGUUUUAUCGCAUGAUUCUUAGUAAGAAUGGGAUUAGGCUUGACGAAGAGAAAGUUGUUGCAAUAAAAAAUACACCUGCCCCAAACAAUGUAAAAGAACUUCGUAGCUUUCUAGGACUCGUGAAUUACUAUUCGAAGUUUAGUCCUAAUUUCUCCACCAUUACGGCGCCGCUACGGAAAUUGGACCGCAAAAAGGUUCCAUGGACAUGGGACGCCAGUCAUCAAGAGGCCUUUGAUCAGGUUAAAUCGUCGCUAUCUGAACAAUGUAUGUUGGUAUAUUAUGACCCUAACAGAUCAACGAGUGUGGUUGUGGAUUCUACUGCUAGUCCUGUAGGCCUAGGGGCCAUUUUGGUUCAACAUGACGAACAGGGCAUUUUGAAAGUGAUUGCUUUUGCUGGUAGAGCACUAACAGUAGUUGAACAGCGGUACUGUCAGACAGAACGAGAAGCGUUGGCAUGUGUGUGGGCAUGCGAGAAAUUUCAUUUAUAUUUAGUUGGUUGUCAGUUUACCCUGUAUACAGACCAUCAAGCGUUAGAAAUUCUUUACUCAGCAAAGGCCAAACAAUCUGCUCGAAUACAGAGAUGGGAAUUGCACCUCCAGCAGUAUAACUACACGGUCAACUAUCGUUCAGGCACAGGGAAUCCGGCAGAUUUUCUUUCGCGGGCUCCAAUUAACGAGCCCUCGGGACAGUCUAUUGCCGAAGAAUAUAUUAACUUUCUAACAGAGCAAGCCAUCCCCAGAACAAUUACCUUGUCAGAGGUGCAAGAAGCGACAAAGAACGAUAAAGAACUGCAGUCAGUUGGACGAGCACUUUAG